CUUUAUUCUCGACUCUGAGACGUCAUACUCGCUUGGCUAUAGAUGGAGCUCUGGAGCCCAGGCCAGCCCUUCAGUGCAAGCCCAUGAAAGCGCAGAGGGAUGGUGGUGGGGGGGAUGCUGUGUGUAUGGAUAAGUAUGUGGGGAUGUGUUACAGAAGCAGGCUGGUCUUUAAUGUAACUGGAGAGCUUCUGUAAUCUGCAAAGGGCGAAGAGAGAGCGCGAGAGAGGAGGUACCCAGUGUAUCUCCCAUACACUUCCCCCCCAGAGCAGGCACAUCAAAUCCAGCUUCAUUGCCAUCAGGAGCCCCUCUCUGGUCCCCCUCCCCAAACCCCUCCCCCCCUCCAGGCUGCUUACAUUAAGGAAUGAUGAAAAAAAAUAAUUCUGCAAAAAGGGGGCCACAGGAUGGAAACCAGCAGCCCUUGCAGCCAGAGAAAGUCGGCUGGGUGCGGAAAUUUUGCGGGAAAGGCAUUUUUAGAGAAAUCUGGAAAAACCGUUAUGUGGUUUUAAAGGGAGAUCAGCUCUAUAUCUCAGAAAAAGAGGUGAAAGAUGAGAAGAAUGGCCAAGAAGUGUUUGACCUGAGCGAUUACGAGAAAUGUGAAGAGCUCAGGAAGUCGAAAAGCAGAAGCAAGAAGAACCACAGCAAGUUCACGCUUGCACACUCCAAGCAGCCUGGGAACACGGCACCAAGCCUGAUCUUCCUUGCAGUCAGCCCAGAGGAGAAGGAGUCCUGGAUCAACGCCCUCAACUCUGCAAUCACCCGAGCCAAAAACCGCAUCUUGGAUGAGGUCACUGUCGAGGAGGACAGCUACCUCGCCCACCCGACUCGCGACAGAGUGAAGAUCCAGCACUCGCGACGCCCCCCAACCCGGGGACACUUGAUGGCUGUGGCAUCUACCUCAACGUCUGAUGGCAUGCUCACCCUGGACCUCAUCCAGGAGGAGGACACCUCUCCCGAGGACCAUGGGACCUGCGCCGAGAGCUUCCGCGUGGACCUGGACAAAUCCGUGGCCCACCUGGCAGCCGGGCGGCGCCGGUCCGACUCGGAGAAUGUCAAGCCCUCAGAGAAGGGCCGGUCGGGGAGCCUCCCACGGCGGGAGGUGAUCUCUUGGGACAAAGCGGGGCAGCGUGAUGCCAUCGACAAGGGGCCCGUGUACACGCCGCAGGUCCCCAAGAAGCUCUCUCACUCGGAAAAGAACAAAUGUGCCUCCUUGGAGGAGAUCCUGUCCCACCGGGAUUCCUCCGCGCACCGGGCGGUGCUGAGGAGGGGGAUCGAGGCACAGUUUGCCUCGGCAGAGCCGGAGCAGCUGGCCCGGAUACAGGAACUGGUUGCACUGAAACUGGAAAAAACUCAGGAACUGCUGACAGAGGUGAAGGGCUACGGGGAAGGGAAACGGAAGACAAGGGAUCUCGCCACCAGCACCACCCCCUCCGGCACCUCCUCAUCGUCCUCCUCCAGGUCGGACUCAGAGAAGAUCCUGCAGGAGACGGAGAGGUUGCUGGGCGAGGCCUCCUCAGCCUGGAGCCAAGCCAAGAAGGUGCUGCAGGAGAUCAAGGAGCUGAGGGACCUGUACAAACAGCUCGACCUGCCGCUCUCGGACUCUAAGCCCAAGCAGGGCUCACAGUCUCAGUACAGGAAGAGCAUGAUGUGAAGGGCGAGGAGGGGGAUCGAGCCGGUCGGGAACCAUCUCUGGUGUGUCCGAGUUGAAAACACAGGACGUGGCGACUCUUCAGCACGCGUGUCCAUGUCACAGAUGGUGAAAGACCCCUCCCCCCCAUGUCCCCCUGUCUCUGAAUGCAUGCCCUUUCCUUGCAACUUGUCUGAUUGCAUUGUGAAGCUGUCAGGGGGAAACGGAUGAUUUCAGCAUCCAUCUGAGCUCCUGCAACAGGCGUCUUGCAGGCAGCACCAUGGAGACAACAGGCGUAUCCAAGCAAGGUGGGGAUGGGAGUCCUCGUACCACCAUCUUUAUAGCAGCAUGGACUUUGCAGGCGAAACCCAUUGGCUGAUGGCUGCGAGUCCUUCUUAGAGACGUGCGGGCACGGAGUCAGCCUCACCUGCAAAGAUCCUGCGUGUGUGUGCGUUUCCCACUUCUCCACCCCCAAAGGACCCCGUUGGUCUAAGAUCAAAGCGAGUCAACAAUUUUAGCAGCAAAAUUCAACCCUGGGGGCUACCGCAGGCCUGGCCAGCGCCGGCAGGAAGGAACGGGGGAGCCGAGACACGCGUGCUAACCCUAUUACAUGAGACACAUGUGCUAACCCCAUGUUAUGUGAGUCACGCAUGCUAACCCUGUGUUACAUGAGACACGUGUGCUAGCCCUGUGUUACAUGAGAUAUGCGUGCUAACCCCAUGUUACUUCAGACACGUGCUAACCCUGUCUUGAGACGUGUGUUAACCCCAUGUUACGAGAUGCGUGCUAACCCUGUGUUACAUGAGACACACAUGCUAACCCCAUGUCACGUCAGAUGCGUGCUAACCCCGUGUUACAUGAGACACGUGUGCUAACUGCAUAUUACGCGAUGCUGCUUUUUAAUAAGCCUGGUGCAGCCCUGAGGGAAGUGGCUCCAGGGUUUGGAUAUAGGACUCCCAGCGGUGGCAGAAAUCCUGGGUUGGGAGGGAAGGAAAACGAUAGGGCUGUUUUGUGGCAGGGGAGCAGGGGUCCCCCGAGAAAUAAAAGCUGAAUUUCUCCAAACCCCCCCUCCCCCCAAUCCAGUAAAAAUUU